CUGCUCACCUAGCUCCUGCUGCCAGCUCCAGUCCGAGCGUAGACUGACCAGAAAUACAGGAGACACAUACCAGCACCUGCAUUCUGGCUCUGCUGCUGUAAGAAGCUAAGCCCCAGUUGCAGAGAUGCAGACAUUUGGGAGAGGAAAAAGAGUGGGAUACUGGCUCAGCGAGAAGAAAAUCAAGAAGCUGAAUUUCCUCACCUUCGUGGACAUGUGCAGGAAAAGGGGCAUUGAGAUGGUGCAGCUGGACCUCAGCCAACCUCUGGAGGAGCAGGGCCCCCUGGACGCCAUCAUCCAUAAACUGACUGACCACAUUGUGGAAGCGGACCAGAAUAUCACAGAAGCCUUAUUGCUUGUGCAAAGUGUGCAGGAAUACAUUGAUGCCCAUCCGGAGACUGUCAUUCUAGACCCUCUUCCUGCCAUUCGUACUCUGCUCGACCGAUUCAAGUCCUACACGCUAAUCCACAAAAUAGAGGAGAGCAUGAAGGAUGACCGCAUUUGCUCUCCUUCGUUUAUGGUGCUCAGCAAUGAGUGUGGGCCAGACAUGCUGGAGCAGCUCCAUGUGAAUGGCAUCACCUUCCCCUUCAUCUGUAAAACCCAGGUAGCACAUGGCACUAACUCCCAUGAGAUGGCCAUCAUCUUUAGUGAGGAAGACCUGAAGGACAUCAGGCCUCCAUGUGUAAUCCAGAGCUUCAUCAACCACAAUGCUGUGCUUUACAAGGUCUUUGUAGUGGGUGAAGCCUACAGUGUGGUGGAACGUCCCUCCAUCCGGAACUUUCCCUCCGGACCCACAGAUAGAAGAGCCAUAUCCUUUAACAGUCAUCAUGUGUCCAAGCCUGAGUCCUCAUCACACUUGACUUCUAGGGAAAACUUGGAAGGCCAGUGCAGGACGCCUAGUAAUGAUGUCAUUCAGAAAAUUUCCAGGUGCUUAAGACAGACGCUCGGAGUGUCUCUGUUUGGGAUCGAUAUCAUCAUCAACAACCAAACAGGCCAGCAUGCUGUAAUCGACAUCAAUGCAUUUCCAGGUUAUGAGGGUGUUCCGGAGUUCUUUGAUGACCUGCUAGCUCACCUCACUAACAUCCUACAAGACCACUUACCUGGAGGACCCCUGAGAGUGAACGGCGUGGCUCAGAGCUUGCCUGUGGCCUGUGAGGUUUCCUGUGGGAGCUGCUGGGUGAUAGACAGCGAGGGAAUGAAGAAAGACUCCCAUCAGGGCCUGAGCUGCUGCAACUCUGACCUAGCCCCAAAAUACCAGCACCACUGCAGGUCCACGCUCGCAGCCGAGGCACCUUCACAGUGACCCCACGCUCCGCUCCAGAGAAUUAGCCUUUUUAAUUAUUCUUAACAAAUCAAUUACACCCUUCUCCAAGCUGUGGGGCCGAGAAUAUUUCUCUGUGCCAGUUUUAUGAUCCGUAGUGCGCAGACAAUGACCAAAGAUGUACUGAUUUUGUAGAUUUUUUUUUCUUGGGGUUAAAAAGGAGCAAUCAGUAUCUUAAAUAUGAAUGUGAUUUAGUUUUCAUGCAUCUUGCACAAGUGCCUUAGGGAAAUUGUUUCUACACUGCUGAUUAUGGGAGAUGUAAGAGAAGUUGAAAUGAACUGGUAAGUAAUACGAACCUAAUGAUCACGUGAAUACUGAGGCUAUUCACUCCUACAACUCCCAGCAGUCAUACACAGUCAUGUGAAGUUAUACACAUCAUGACUCAGAAUGUGGAGGCAAUACAGUGUUUUGAAUGUACUAUAUAGAACACUUGCUCAAUACAGAAUUCUUAUUGAAAGGUUAUAUGACCCUUAAUCAAAUCACCCUUUAUUGGUUUUCUAUUUAAGUUGUUAGAUGAGCAUCCUUUUCAGAAAACACAAUCGUGCACAUUUUGAUGUUUAUUUGCUUAAUUUAAUAUAUUUGGAAAUAUAUUUUAUGUUAAGUUUAGCAGAGAAAACAGAAACAGAGUAACAGAAAUACUGUUAUACUUAAGUGUGUUUCCUGUGUCGGACAUAUUAACUUAUUUUCACUCUGAAAAUCAACAAAGCGUGUAAUUUGAACUGGGGUGUCCAGACGUUUGCAUAUGGCAGUACCUCAUAUAAGGACUUAAGAUUUACAUGCUGUGAAAUGAGCAACAGUUGGGUGCAUGAUAUGAAAUAAAGCUCACAGGAUUACUGUAAAAUUGUACUUCUGAGGCUCAGCCUAAUGUCAAUGUGCCACAUUUAUAGAACACAGAUCAUUAACUUGCUCCAUAAUUUUCUUGUUCAGAGUAAAAUAAGAGAAAGUCAUUGACUCAAAGUCAACCCAAUUCUGUGGAAAUUAAACCAUGUGCAUUCUGUAGUAAGGGUUGUUGACAUUUACACCAUUUGACUGACAGUAUGAGUUCACUUGCCGACACAUUUCAUCAUGCUGGAUCUUUCAGAUCACUGUGUGUGGGCAUGUCUGUGACGUUUCUAUGUGCAGAUAAAAAACAAAAGAAUAGUCCUGAAGUUUGCAGUCUUAUUUUUAAAGAUUUGAAUCAACCCUAUUUUAAUCUAAUUCUGUAAAUCUAGAUAAUGCAGAUUCAAGCUCAUGUUUAUCUGCAUGUUUAAAAUCACAUUUAAUUUUAAAUCUGGUGAAUUUUUUGAGUUGAGGCUGCUGUGGACACGUAUAACUCAUCAUUUUUCACAUGCAUGCGGCAGCUUUCUUUAUUGAAGUAAAGAGGAUGCAUCAAUGUAAAAUGGCAAGUGGACACAUACUGUUACACUCUAAACCAGAGCAACAUUACAUUUCACCACAAUUAACUUCCUUUUUGCUAUUUUUUUAUAUUUUCAUAUUACAUGAUGGUAAAUUAGUUUAAAUUUCACUUAAGUAUUUCUUUAGGAAUUACCCAUACACUGUAGGCUACUAUGUCUGAAGCAUUGUGUCAGGAAGGAAUAACUCACUGCCCACAUUUAUCUUUUUGGGCCUUUUAAUGUGUAAAUAUGUCAAUAGUACAUUUCCUGUGACGUUUUUACACCCGGUUUGAUUUGGUACGUUGGACUGGUCAGUGCCCUUUCAACUCCCCUGUUGCUUUGCUUGUACAUACUGUACACACUGUAUGUAUUUGUGUAUAGGGUUUUUGGCACAUUUUAAAGGACAGAAGAAAGACAUGCACUAUCAGCAUUUUAUGUCCCUUGUAAAUGAUGAAACAGGGAUCCAGAAAAUAAAUACUAAAAUUUAAUGACCUCAGUGUUAUGGCUGUAUUUUACAAAGUUGGGCUGUGGCUUGAAUCCUGUCAUUCAUUCUGAGGUUAUCCUCUGAUUUGCAUAGAUUUAUACAAGUAACCCGGCACAUACAGCACAGAACUGAUCGCUUGCACAAUUCCACUUUACAGAUAAAUCUUAUCUCAUAUUUAUUGAUUUUCUUAACUAAAAACCCACAUUUCAUCACAAUCAUUUCACCAUAUCAGAUAAAAACAUUAUUGCGUGAGGAUCAAUCAGGCGCAGUGCCUUUUAAAAGAGCAGUAACUUUCUGUAUGUACAUUCAGUCCCCAAUCUCUUAAUGUUAGCAGGGAUUCUAUAGCGUUUGCUUUGUGUUAGUUUUGCGUGGUGCCCAUGUUUCUUCAGGAAGCAAGCACAUUAUUGGUGUAAAGCUGAAGCAGGGGGCAGUACUGGCUACAAAGCCCAUGGGAGCUGGCUGACGUCCUUUAUUUUUUCUUUUUCACACCAGUGGUGGCACUGUGCAGCACUGUGUUGCUAUAGAGCUGAAGGGAAAAAGGGUGAAAGCCAAGGUGUAAAGGGGUUUGCACAGCUGUGGCUGAGCUAGAAGGAGAAAGCAUCAUCUGGACAGAGCAUGCCGCCCUCCUGAAAGACAGGGGGAGGGAGGACAAUGGAGAGAGGAGUGAGUGGUCAGCUUCAGAUCAGCCGUGGCGCAGCUCGUGCAGUUUCUGAGCCACAUUUUCCAGCUCAGACUCGAUGGCGGCCAAACUCUCGAUCUCACCAUCCUGCAGAAGAGAAGAGGAGAGGAGAGGGAUGAGUGAGAGGGAGAUAAGAGCUCCUCUUGAAUGCUGUUUUGCUCUACACCACAAAUUAUUUCUGAAGCAUACUUUUUCAGCCUCUGUUUUUGUGUGUGCCUUUUAAGACUGACACAUAUGUAAAUUAACUAGGUUUUGAUUAGCUGUCCUAUAUUGUGCCUCAUUCAUAAACCGGUUUGAGCUGAAAUGUAUCGAACAAAUAAUUCAGUUAAGACUGAAAUUCUCAGGGAUGUUGUGAAAAAUAAAAUGUAGUCACUUUACCCUGUCAGAUAUCUGAAUACUUUGGAAAAAUACAUCCAAUAACCUUUUUUUUUAAGAGGCAGGAACUGUACAACAUUUAAUCUAAACUUCCCCAUACCUUCUGCACCAACAACUUUGCAAUAGUAACACUAACACUCCUAAUCUGCUGUGCGCUGAACGGACUGUUUGUAUGUAAAUGUGUUAAUGUCUGUGACAUCACAAGAAUAUCGAAAUAAUUUUUGACAAUGUUUACAUAGUACAUCUUUAAUUUAAUAAAAUUAUUCAAAUUAAA